AGAAUCAGAGCCGUGCACACAUGUGCUCACAGAGAGCGCGCCUGCAGGGGCACAGGGAAACCGUGGGCCUGUGUGGUCCCCGGGACAGCUGUCUGGAGGCCGCGGCUGGGCUGUGGAGCAGACGCACCUGCAGAUUCUGAUGGGCAUUGAGCCAGCGCCAGCGCCAGCUUGCGGAUGCCUGGACCCCCCAACUGCCUCACAGCCUUUGGUUCUGCAAAGAAAACCAGCGUUUGGGGCCCCCAGGCCCAGAGCAAGAGUUGGCCCGAGUGUCAGGCAUGGACAGGGGCACUGCUGCUGGGCACGUGCCUGCUAUACUGCGCCCGUGUCAGCAUGCCCGUCUGCUCCGUCUCCAUGAGCCAGGACUUCGGCUGGAACAAGAAGGAGGCCGGCAUCGUGCUCAGCAGCUUCUUCUGGGGCUACUGCCUGACUCAGAUCGUGGGCGGCCACCUGGGGGACAGGAUCGGGGGUGAGAAGGUCAUCCUGCUGUCAGCCUCCGCCUGGGGUUUCAUCACCGCUGCCACCCCGAUGCUCGCCCACCUCGGCAGCACCCACCUUGUCUUCAUGACCUUCUCUCGCAUCCUCACAGGCUUGCUCCAAGGAGUUUACUUCCCUGCACUGACCAGCCUGCUGUCGCAGAAGGUGCGGGAGAGCGAGCGAGCCUUCACCUACAGCACUGUGGGGGCUGGCUCCCAGUUCGGGACCCUGGUGACGGGGGCUGUGGGCUCCCUGCUCCUGGACUGGUACGGCUGGCAGAGCGUCUUCUAUUUCUCUGGCGGGCUCACCCUGCUGUGGGUGUGUUACGUGUACAGGUACCUGCUGAGCGAACAAGAUCUUAUCCUGGCCCUGGGCGUUUUGGCACAAGGCCUGCCAAUGUCCCAGCACACCAAAGUGCCCUGGAGACAGCUCUUCCGGAAGCCUUCUGUCUGGGCGGUCAUCUUCUCCCAGCUCUCCUCCGCGUGCUCCUUCUUCAUCCUCCUCUCCUGGCUGCCGACCUUCUUUAAGGAGACAUUCCCCAGCUCCAAGGUGGGUUGGCCGCCUGGCAGCUCGUGCAGGGGCUGGAUCUUCAACGUGGUGCCCUGGCUGGUGGCGAUUCCCGCCAGUCUGUUCAGUGGAUUUCUGUCCGAUCAUCUCAUCAGUCAGGGUUACAGAACCAUCACCGUUCGGAAGUUCAUGCAGGUGAUGGGCCUCGGCCUGUCCAGCAUUUUUGCCCUGUGUUUGGGUCACACCUCGAGCUUCUGUAAGUCUGUGGUCUUUGCGUCAGCCUCCAUCGGUCUUCAGACCUUCAACCACAGUGGCAUUUCUGUGAACAUCCAGGACCUGGCCCCGUCCUGCGCUGGCUUUCUGUUUGGUGUGGCCAACACAGCUGGGGCCUUGGCAGGUGUCGUGGGUGUGUGCCUGGGCGGUUACCUGAUCGAGACCACUGGCUCCUGGACAUCCGUGUUCAACCUGGUGGCCGCCAUCAGCAGCCUGGGGCUGUGCACCUUCCUGGUGUUCGGACAGGCCAAGCGCGUGGACCUGAGCCCCGCCCACGAGGACCUCUAGCUGCCCAGACCCCACAAGCCCCGAGGACCCAGCGCCAUCAGCCUCGGGGCAAAGGACUCAGCUGAAGGGACACUCGCUCUCGACCCCAGAUUUAUGAGCAGGGGAGAGAGCCAGCCUCAGCCAGGCCGGCGGGCAGGGCGAAUGCCAGAGCCAGGCAGCCCUGGUUGGGCCUCAGUUUCCCCACCUGCUGGUGGGGUGAUCGUGCCCUCGUCUCAGGGUUGGCGAGGCUGCCAGGGGUGCAUGGGUGUGUUUUUAGUGGCAACAGCUUCAUAACAGACACAGCCUGUCCCACGUAGACCCACAGGCACCCUCUACAGUCGGCCCCCCACGUAAGCCAGUGCAGUGGCCAUCCCGGGCUCUUCCCCUGAAAUCUGCUUCCCUUUGUUUCUGUGCUCUUGGGGCUGGAUCAUUCUCUGUGGGGGGCCGCCCUGUGCACUGUGGGGUGUCUAGCAGCAUCCCUGGCUGCCACACAGUAGAUGACCCCCCAGUCAUGACAACCAAAACUGUCCCCUGACAUCACCAGCUGUCCGCAGGGAAACUCCCGAGUGAGAACCAUGGCUCUAGGUGAAGGCUGUUGGGGGGCUUCUCCGAAUAGCCAGGCUGAGACCCCUGUUCCCUGGGUAGGCGGUGGGCCCAAGGCCUUUGCCCGUCUUUAGGCUCCCCCCGUAUGCCCCUCUCGUGGAUCCCUGGGCACUAGCGAUGUGAUCUGCUUCCCUGGUGCCUAGUGACUCCAGCUGAGAGGGGGGUGGGCCCCUCCUGCCCAAGCUGCUCCCCAGAAUCAGGCGAACCUCCCUUUCUGAAUUGUCUUUCACCCUCCCAGGUUAUAACAGAGGAGCUGGCCGGCUCAUGAAUUAAUAAUAGAUUCUGCAAGGUGUAUAUGUAGAGAAGAGAAACUAUAAAAAUGUGGAAAAUCACACCAAAGCCUUAUUUAAAUGACUAUUAAACUAUU